CAAAUACGGCCUCAAUUUAUCCCUCCUCCCGCUCGAUUUCUCCUCCCCUCCCCUCCCCUCCCCUUCCCACCGCCUCCGCCCUUCGUCGUCGUCGUCGUCGCGCAUGGAGUCACCCGCCGCGGGCGGCGCGUCUCCGGCGCCGGAGGCUCCUCCGCCCCCGCCGAGGGGGUGGAUCUCCGGCCUCGUCUCCGGAGCCGGCCGGAUCCUCGCCUCCGUGCUAGGUCCCGACUCGCCUGCCGCCGCCUCCGGCUCCGCCACGACGACCUCAGCCACGUCGCCGUCCGCGUCCUCCUCCCCGGCGUCGUCCAGGCAUCCCGGUUAUAUUCGAGAUCAUGGUAAUUCCCCACUAUUUUUUCCGAAAGCUAAUAAGUUAAACAAGAGUGAAAAUGAAGCAAUUAUGAAAGAUUAUUCUGAGGCAUCACUAGCAAUUAUCUCAGAGAUUGAGCCGAAGGAUGCCAUAAUGCAGUUACUUAAGCAGGAGACUUAUUCAAGGUCUGAAUGCAAUGCACUAGUAAAGAUAAUUCAAGAGCGGGUUGUGGACUCAAAUUUAAAUGGAGUUGAUGCUGGUGGGCUUGCUCUUCCAAUCAAUUGGAAGACUGGCAGACAAGCAAAUAUUGGAUAUUCUUCAUUGAGUCCAAAAGGAUUGUUGCCUGCAACUUCAAUUCCUCCAGUCCAGGACCAUGUUUUUGAUAAUAGUGCUGGUGCCGGUGCAUCUACAACAAUAGCUCAUGAUAGGGGUCCUUUCGCCCACGCUACUGAUAAGAUUCAAUCCGUACUCAAAAGAAGUUGCUCUGUUGCAACGGAUACCCCUGACCCUGAGGACUCCCGAAGAGUCAGGCCAAAAAUUAAUGGAAAUUCAUUAGAAAUUUCAAAUUUUAAGCAAGUCGAUGUUAUUCGAACUCAUUCAGAUUCAAAUUCAUGUGAAAACCUCAUCGCCAAGAAUCAUAAUUCAUUUGGUUGCUUUUCAGGAGAUGACAAUAAAUUAUCAGAUGUUCCCCUUUUUGGGACCAACAAUUUAAUAUAUUCUAAUAUUGUUUCAAUUGUUGGGAGUGCCGAUGAAAAAAUAGGCAUACCUAACAAACCUUCAGCUGGUGAUGGCAAUAAAAACUAUGAUUCUGAAUUUUUAAAUCCAUGUACCAAUAAGGAUCUGAAGAACAGCUUUCCAUUGAAGGUGGAACCUUUGGAUGUUUGUAUUCCUUUCGAGCAGCAGAUGAUGGAUCUCUCACACCAGAAGCAUGAGCAUGCUGCAUGUGAUGAUUAUUGUUCUGUCUCAAAAUUAAUGUUUAAGGAGGAUAUUGAGACUGCACUCAGCAUGCCAGUGGGCGUGCCGCUAGAAAAUGGUUCUAAGAACCGGAGACGAAGGGCACCCAACACGCAGAGGAUUACCCCGGCAAGGUCUCCUGCCAAGGGUUCACGUCGCAAGAGUAAUGAUGUCACAGUAAAAUCAGAGACCGACUUGCUAGAGCAAAGCAAGGGUUCACAUGAUGUCACAGUAAAGUCAGAGAUCGACUUGCUAGAGCAAAGUAAAUUGGCACUGAUGGAGCAGUCACCAGAUUUAGGCGAUAUUCCGGUGAAGAGACCAGUUGGGAGGCCAAGGAAGGCAAAAUGAAUGCUAGACAAAUUUGAUGUCCUCAAAUCUGUCCAUGGUCUUAUGUAUAUCAUCUCUGAAGAACCUGAAAAGUCACAAUCUCUGAAGGACAUUGCAGCCUUCACUCUUGUACAGAUGUCUGUUCCAUCUGACAUGUGUAUCAAGUAUUAGACAGAAGGAAAGGGAAACAUUGCCAUGUACCCAGUAGUCUAACUUAUGUCUGUUAAUUGGUAAAUGUAGUAAUGUACUCAACAUGUAGGUGUAGUGCAUGUCACAAACUUCAUUUGAUGCAUUUCUGGCUCUUGCACUCCUGCUGUCUAUGUGUAAAGUUCUGAUAUUCAGGGUACGUUUGACAAAGCUCCGGAUCUUGUCUGGAUCAGAAGUUUGUAAGUUAAAUCGAAGUGAUUUAAAAUUGUACAUUUCAUUUA